AUGGAGUACUUCAAUUUUGAAGAGGCCAGCUUCUCCUCCAACAUUAUGCAGGACGACGUCGCAUCGGACUGUCUGGAGAUGGAUGAGGCAGAUGCCGUUGAGAACUUUGACUCGCUCUUCUUCGACAAGAGCUUUCAGCUGCACUCUAGUUCGGCAGCUGCGGCUGAGACGGAGCAUCUUUCCCAUCCUGAACUGGAGGCCCUGCCAGUGGUCUCUUCGUCUGACAUCCCUGAACCCGUUGCUGGCAGCGAGUAUCCGAUGUUCCGGUCGACGGAGCCAUGUGAUUUCUGUCGACGUAUGGGAUUUGACUGUUUUCUUAUCCAGAGAGGUGUGCUGAACAAUGGCUGUACUUGCUGUGUAUCACUUUAUCGAGAGUGUAGUUUCACUCAUGCUAAAGCUCCUGGGAAAUUCUUGCAUACGCUCCAUACCGUGGGUGAAGACGCAGUUACCUCGACUGGUGGCCUGACUGGAAGACGAGCUUUAAAGUCUGUUGGUUCUAAUAAAUUUGAUGACCUAGAAUCCCGCGGGAGAAAAAGUGGCGCUCGUUUCGGGCGCGACCCUGUUCGUAUUCUGAAAACCUGGCUUUCCGAGCACUAUCAGCACCCGUAUCCGACUGAAGAAGAGAAAAUUGAGCUCAAAGAACGAACCGGCUUGAAACGUAGUCAGAUUGCAAAUUGGCUGGCUAAUGCUCGUCGUCGUGGAAAAGUGCGACCACCAGCACGCAGUAUUUCCCCCAUUCCGGGGGCCGUCAAUAUUCCUGGACAGUCUUCUACCUCCUCCUCGUCAUCGUCUCCCAGCAUUGACAUGUCCCUGAUGACACCUCUUGAACGAUGGAAGCACUCUCCUCCUGAAAACGAACCGGCGUCCACCAGCGCUAUUAUUCGAGCCAUGGCUAGUACACCUUUCCGAUCAAACUCGCCCUCACACCACCAGCAACAGCAAUUCCAACCACGUCCUUCGCUUUCUGGACAUGGUAAAUCUGUCUCGAGAAAGACUGGCUCGAGCAACGACUCUAGCUCUAUGUUCCAAGCCCCGUCUGUCAGCAGUUUUGAAACCGAGAACAAAUCAUCAAUUUCGGAUUUUUCAUUUGCCUCUGCAUUUUCCCACCGGUCUUCUCAGCACUCGUUGAACUCGUCUGACCGGAAGGAGCGUCGUAGGCGACGUAAACAAAUCCCACCUGUGCCUCCUUUCGAGCGACAGAAGACCCGAGGAGCUCGGAUUUUCCAAUGCACAUUCUGUACUGAUUCGUUCCCAGCUAAGUAUGACUGGCAACGUCACGAAAAGUCUCUUCACCUUGCCCUCGAAAAAUGGGGUUGUGCUCCACAAGGAGGAGUGAUGUUGACAUCUGAUGGGCAAAAGGCUUGCGCUUUCUGUAGAGAACCCAAUCCGACCGAAGAUCACUUAGAGACACACAAUUAUUCGUCAUGCCAAGAAAAGACAAUGCAGGAACGCACGUUUUACCGCAAAGAUCACCUAAACCAACAUCUGCGAUUGAUGCAUAAUGUUAAAUUUGACUCUUGGAUGAAUCAGUGGCGGAGCACAACAAGCGAGAUCAAGUCCCGGUGCGGGUUUUGCGAUGCCCAGUUCACCACAUGGAAGGAUCGAGCCGAUCACUUGGCACAACACUUUAAGAAUGGUGCUGAUAUGUCACAGUGGAAAGGCGAUUGGGGCUUCGAACCGUACGUUCGGCGUCUAGUUGAGAAUGCAGUUCCCCCAUAUCUCAUCGCAGAAGACCGAGUGUCGCCUAACCCGUAUAAGGCAGCUUGGCCAAGCAAUGCCUCAAACCGCUCGUCGUCACAGUUGCGGGUCUCACAAGAUGCAAAUUGCUUCGUGCGCCUAGAACGAGAACUGAAGUCAUUUAUCGAGGGCAAAUUAGAAGCGGGCAUCAUUCCUAGUGAUCAAUCUAUUCAGGAUCAAGGCCGGAUCACUAUUUACGGAUCCGACGACACCUGGAACCAGACCUGCGCCGACAACCCAGUUUGGUUAAGUAUUCUGAAACGAGAUUGCGGAAUCGCGGCAGUUCCUGAUUCGGAACACUUACAACUUGACGAUUUGGGUAUGCAACCUCCCUAUGCGGGCGGAAUACAACGACCACCAUUGGAAACGAAUCCUAUGGCUGGACAUUUGCGCAAGACCUGGCUUAGCAAGGUCUCGUUGGAUAGCCCUGCCGCCUCAGGAUCUGGACUACAUAGCCCAGGUUUCCCUUCCAGCGGCUUUCAUUCCGCGGCUCCAAGUAUGCCGGGUAGUCUGGCAGGCAGUUUCGUGGGUAGCACCGGGGUUUCCUCUGGAGUUCAUGUACCAGGCUUGUCGAGUGGCUGGAGCAGUGGUUUCUCUGCAGCUGAUCAGUCAUCUUCAGCGCCAGUAAGCGCUAUGGCCGAUCCUUAUGCGGGAGUGGGUUUGGACUCUGACUUCCUCGAGCAAUUCGACAAAAAUUUAGCUACUCUUCCUGCAGGUAUAGAAAAUUUCGGGGCAACUGAUUUCAACCUACAAGAGUUUCCUUCUGAAGAAGCUCCCCAAUAUGGGCAGCCAGCCAAAAACGGACAAGUUUAUCCGCUGAGCACAUCCGAAACGCAGCCCAUCUCUAUUCCCACUGGGACCAGUCUUGAUCAAAAUCUGCAGCAAUAUGCGGAUUUAUCGUACAUGGAGGGAUCGAAUUAUCAGUAG